AUGGUUCGAUUUAAUACUUUAUGUAUUUUUUAUGGACUAGUUAUUUAUUAUAUAAGGAUUGUAUCUUCAAUUCUGUUAGAUUUGGAAAAUGUAAAUAUUUCAAAAUUUUAUACAAUGAGAAUUGUUGAACGCGGAGUAACUAAGAUUAUGAUAUUAUCUACACCAGAAAAUAAGAUAACUGAAGUAUAUAAUGGCAUUUUUUUUGUAUGGAGUCCAGAUCCCGGUGAAUAUGUUAAAUGUGUUACUAUUUACGAAUUCCGUUACACAAAAAGAGUUAUUAUGUCCAUUGAAAUUGAAAAUCCAAGAAAAACCGAUAUGUAUUAUCUAUCUAAAUAUAGAUGGAAUUAUAAAUAUAUCAGUAAAGAGGACUUUGAAAAGGAAUAUCAAUCAAUGUUAUUGAUUGAGAAAGAAUUAGAAUAUGGAAUACAAAAACAAAAACAUGAAAGUGGAACAGAAAAGGUUUUUAUACCUAAACGUAAACGAGGUAGACCAAGAAAACAUAAACCAAAAAUUAAGGAUACCGAUUAUAAAACUAGGAAAAGUAAAAAGCAAUCUAUUGCUCAAGAAGAAACUACUCAACAACUAGAAAAAUUAGACCCUGAAGUAACUACUACUACAAAAGAAGAAUCUGAAGAGUCUAAAGAACCUACUCAAACACCUACUAAAGAAUCCAAAACGGAUUCCGCUCAAAUUACUCAACUAACUGAGGAACCAAAACCACAGUUACAACCAGAAAUUACUCCAGUUGAAAUAGGAUCGGAUGAAGAACCUGAGGAAGAAGAACCAGUUCAUCUAUCACAAUAUUAUACUGAAACUAUAGAACAUAUAGAACCUACUUCUACCAUGGAUUUGUUAUUAAGUGAUUAUGAACAUUUAGAACCUGAGGAGCUUGAAAUUUCAGAUAUUGAACCAAGUGAAUCAGUUGUGGAACAGACUGAAGAAGAAUUAGAAUUAGAUUCAAUUCAUUUUGAAAUUUCAUCAGAUGAAUCAAGUCAACAAACAGAAAAACAACCAGAAGAACAUAAAGAACCAGAAAUAGAAUUUGAAAUUUCAUCAGAUGAUGAACCAGAACACACAAGAGAAACUACUGAAUUACAACCAGAAACUAUUCCAGUGGAAAUUGAGUCAGAUGAUGAACAUGAGGAUAUUGAUCUGGAACAAGAGUUAUUAAAUGAACCACUAUUUGGAGAAGAUGUUGAGAAAUUGUUAGAACGUGAACUUGAUAAUAUUGGUAUAUCAACAAAUGAACUUGAUUCAGUAUUUGAAGAGAAAUCUAAAGAUGACAAUUAG